GCGAGGGACCGCGAGAACGUGCUGUGGAAUAGUGCCAAGAUAGAAAGCUCCCAAUGGCCACUGACCAUAACAAGCUUUCCGAUUCCAAGAACGACGCAGUGACCUCGACACAACAGAAAGAACCGGACGUCGAGAAAAAAGCGAAGCAUAAGAAGCUGAAGCUUAAGAAAAAGAACACGUCGCUUCGCCACAGCGCCGAAAAGUGCGACGUCAGCGCGUCCACGCACGACUCUACGACGACGAUGACUUCGCGGGUGUCGGCUACGUCGAGUGCGACCGCGACACCCCGCGGCGAAGUUUCCACCGGUUCUAUGUCGAUAUCGCCGAAGGCACCCGAUGCGAUGCUGCCCGUCUUCGGAAGCGACGCACCCGACAGCACAGGCUCCCGGUCGCUGCGUCGUCAGCAGAGCACGGGCUUCAGCAACCUACCACAAGGGUCGCUGGCUAGCGCCGCCGGUAGCAGCGGUGCACCGGGAGAACUUCCAGAGCCGCGGUCGUCGACGACGCGUCAGCGACAGCCGCUAGAUGUCUCCGGCUCUGCGACGUUGCCGGGCGCUUUUGGUCAAGGAAAGCAAUCCCGGUCUCGUCAUUGGGGUGGCAGCCUCUUCGAGCUGUCUGCGAGUACCAGACUCGACGACACGGCGACGGCCCCGGGUUCGCGCACGUCCGGGCUAUUCGGUCAAAGGGAGCAGCCGGUGGACCCUCGGCGCGCCGGCGUCGCCGCCAGAAGCAACGCGGCGCUUCAAGGUCAAGGUAAAUCACAGGCCUUGGAAGGCCGUUUACCGUUGAUGCCACCCGUCCACGUGCACACCCCUUCAGCUAUACAGACGGAUGGGCGUGGCCUAACUGCCUCUGCGAGGGUGACGCAACCGGGACAGCGUGCGAGUGAAGUCGGCGGCGCGGGUGUGAGCACAGCUUGGAACGACCACGACAUGGGCUACAGCUACUUCAGGUCGCCAGGCAGCGCGACGGAAGGACAACGUGGUCGCGCUCCGAAGAAAGUCAGGCACGCGAUCAGCUCGGCUGGCCUUUCUAGCCUGGAAAAAAGACGUCGCAUUCCCCACUCAUCCGUUACAUCUCCGGUCUUCAAGACCACCUUGGGCGAGACCACGGUGGUCGCUGCAGGGCUCUGCAUAUUCUGGGCGGCGUUCGCCGUCAUUGUGCUCCUCAUGCGGGAACUUCGUGCGCCUGACGAGCUCGACGACACCCUGUGCCAGACGGACGACUGCGUUCGACACGCCAAACUUCUCGCCGACAUCACGACCAUGUCGAGCGUGGAUCCCUGCGAAGACUUCGCCGCGUACGUCUGCUCCGUCUGGUCGCCGCCCAGGCUCCAGACGGACGAGGACUACGCGUCCGCCAUGGACACUGCCAUAUACCACUGGUACAGGGGACUCAGAGACACGCUCCACAGCGGCGUUAGCCAGGUGCCCAUUGGCAUGAAGGCGCUCGAGAUGUACGAGGCCUGCGUCGACGGCGAAUCGAGAUACGGCAUAGAACAGGACGAGUUCCUGCGUUUCAUCAAAGAGGCCGGACUCAGCUGGCCCGAGUACCCUCCCGAACGCGUCGACGCCCUCUCCGUGUUCGUGUCGCUCUCGUUUAACUUCGAAGCUCCCGCCUGGUUUACGGUAGUCAUUUCCGAUUCCCGAGAUCGGAAGCACUGGCGACUUGUCAUCUCGCCGGACGGUUACCUGCCAAUACUUCUUGCGCAGCACAGAGACAUCGUCAAGCAGGGCGGAUACGUUUCGCACUGGAAAAGAAUCUGGAACUCCAUUGUACCAGGGGCCGCCUCUCCCAAGGAGGACGAUCUCGACACCGAGCACCACGCGAUGGAAGACAUAUUGGGAAAGCUCCACGAAGCAGCGUCAAGUCCACUGAAGGAGACAGCGUUGUUUACUCUAGGAGAUAUCGGCAAGUACACUCCCUCCCUUCCAUCCUCACGCUGGGUCGAGGCGCUCAACGAGACCUUACCUCUCUAUCCAACGAUGACCACAGAGGUAUACUUCACCGACGUAAGCUACAUGAGGACGGUCGGCGACCUUUUUACGCUGUAUGACAACCGGCAGCUCGUGCGACAUCUCUCUUGGCUCUUUGUGCAGCUGUACGGCCCCGUCGCAGCUCCUCGUCUCCUCGUCGAUCGAUUAGGGAACGAACACUUCGCGAACGCGUCUCGCCCUUUAUUCUGCGGGUCGAAUGUCGAGGCUUCCUACAAGCUGCUCCUUACGGUGUUGUACUUCGUGUCGAGAAUUUCCAGCCACGACAAAGCUUUGGUCGAGGCCUGUUUCGACUCGUUAAUCGUAAUGGGAGCGGAGAAGGUCGCCGGCUCCAGUUGGCUGGAGGAGGACAGCAAACUGCUCGCCGGAGCCAAGAUCAAGGCCGUAGAAGCGCGCGUCUGGCCCGACGAGGUUCUCGUGGAGACGGGCGUCCUGGAGCAGAUCUACAAGGAGUUUCCGGAAAACAGGUCUUCGUUCGCCGCUUACUGGGUCGAAUCUCGCAGGAAAAUUCGCAACGUCAAACGCAGAAAGCUGUACCGCCGACUGUCCAAUCAGCCUCUCAGUUCCCGAGAACCGUACCUGAGCUACGAUGCAACUCUCAAUCACGUACUCAUCGCCCUGGGCGCUCUGGUCAGGCCGUUGUUCUACAGGAACGGAACCAAGGGCAUGUUGUACGGAGGGAUCGGCUUCUUGAUGGCGCUGGAACUUGUGAAAUCGCUGGACAAGGCCGGAUUGCGAUGGGAGCCCAGUGGCAACGCCGUCGCGCAUUCCCUUCUCUCGAAGACGUCCUUGGAAGAGUACGCGUCGCGUUCUUCGUGCUUCGGUCCAGAAGAAAGGAACGUGAGCGCUUUUCCGGAGAUACCAGCGUUAGAGGUCGCUUACGCCGCGUUCCAGCAGGCACUGGAGAGCGACGGACGCCGGUUCAAGAUCGGAGAGAACUUUACCGAGGAGCGAGUGUUCUUCUUGACCCUCUGUUUCACGACGUGCCAGCGAAGAUACGUCGUAAGCCCCGCCAGCGCCGACUGCAAUAAGGCCGUGCGAAAUUUCCCCCCGUUUGCGGAGACGUUUUCCUGCCCCAACGGUUCCAACAUGAACCCGCAUGUUCAGUGCCGGUUCUUUGACUGACCCCCGAAAUGCAAACCCGACAUGACAAUAUAGAACUUGCUCGAUAGACGCUUGUUUCAUCUAAACUGAUAUGCGUUUUGCACUGUGCUCAAGACAGACAAGAGAGGAGCCAAAUUUCUCGAGUGCGCUUCCGCCAAUGGUCUCUUUUGAUUUCAGCAAUAUUUAGUCGAAUACUAACUAGAAAUAUAGAUAAGGCUUCAGUGCGGGGCUUAGUAGCGCACUAUAUAACUCACCCACCGCUUACCUGAGCUUCAGGAAAGUGUUUCUUAUGGCCCAGGCAGUGCUUAGUUGAGCGGUAAAUCCUCCUUUUUGUUUAUAGAUUUGUUUGUUUUGUUUGUUUGUUUUUCUUUUUCUUUGUUUUUUUACGGUUGCCUCUUAUACGUAUCUGUGGAUAUCUGAGGAUAUUCUUCAUGCCAUAUGUCUAGGUUUCUUGUUGUUGUUUUACUUUUACUUUGAACUAUGCACUGGACACUGUCACAUACGUGGCAUUGCUCAAGGUUUUGCGUAUUCAUAGUCAGACUAUAACUCCUCUUUAUAUAAUGUAGCUGGGCAAAAAGUGGUUUCUGGACGAGCUUGCCGGACACCUAGUUCCAUUUUCAUUGCUGAUGUGCAGAAAACGUUUCCGCAUGUCUAGCAUAUUAAGUGCCCCACAUUUAGGAUUUGCUGAAGUGGCCUUUCGUGUGUGAGUAGCUGACGAAUGUGGCGCUGCACCAUUUUUGUAUGUGAAAGGAUGCGAUUGAAUGGCAAACGUUUAUUGUACAGAAGCAGCAAAAAAAUAUAUGCACCUUGUUAGGCGUUGUUCAUUUUUUUUCUCUUUGCUUUAGGUGAGAACUUGGGUCUCUGCAUUGUAAAAGAGAAAUGUGUCGGUAAAUUUUGUGUUGGAGCUUAAAUCUUGCUGCCAAGGCAAAAAAGAGGUACGCGUAAGAAAAACGUAUGGCUGUGUAGUAACAGUCUUUGCUUCUUCCUUGUUUAGGACAGGCUUGAUAAAACAUUUAGCAUAUCAUCGUCAAUGAUUUGUAACCUGGUCCUUGAGCGGACUACCCAGGCGUACCAUAACAGACGUACAAGCCAUUUCAAAAGCCGAUGUUUUGAAACUACGUUUUCUUUAGAGAAAUUUAUCUUUGUCUGUUUUUGCCUUUGUACGCAUACGCGAGAAAGUGUUCACAUAGGUAAACGCAUCGUAAAAUAUCUUACAAAAAUAACAUCACGCAAUUUGCACGUGGCUCACCUUUCAAAACCCUCUGGCUCCACAUUGGCAAAUGAAUGUAUAGGAUAAAUAUCAUCGACACAGAAAGUGGCGCUUGAAAAAUUGUCAUUCCAAUUAUCUGUCGUUCAAAGCGCAAGCCUUCUUUUCAAGGAAGGGCUUAACAAAACUUUGAGAAUAGCUUUAUUGUGUACGUGUGUGUGUGUGCGAGUGUCUGGCUGUUUGUGUGUUUAUUUGAUCACUGUGUACAUCAUAAUUAUCGUCCACCGCCGGGAGUAGCAUGGAGGGUGGUGAUCACCCAGGCUAAUACCUUCAGCCUAUUGCUCAUGCAUGUAACCCUCUCUCAGUGAAAGCGAUGCCGUAAAAAGCCGUCAAUGAUGUCAUACAAGUUGUGGCUCUCCGCCACCACUGAUUAUUGUUGCUGUUCUGUAGUUGUUGUUGUUGUUGUUGUUGUUG